ACAUAUCUGAUAUGGGCAGAAAGCUUAAAUUCUUGUUAAUCUAACUGCACUAUCCAAUUUACAGUAGCUACUACAGUGAAAGAAUGCGAUGCUAUUGUUUGAGGAGAGUGCAUAGUUAUGAACUUCUAAAUGUAUUCACGAUGCAGGAAGAGUACCAGUAUUGGGAAGUUGUGAACUAUAUGAACUACAACAUUUUUCAGUAGCUUGAUGGUAGUUGAACUAAAUUAAAAUCUUGGUAGGUUUUUAAAGGUUGUAACUGGUUUUACUUCUAUUGAUUUGUUUUUCUUCUGAUGCUUAAUUACGGAGUUCAUUAUGAGUAUGAAUUUGGUUCGUUAUGAGUAUACAGUAAAAGUAAAAUGUUUGGACACCUUCUCAUUCAAGGGUUUUUCUUUAUUUUUACUAUAUUCUACAUUGUAGAGUAACUAUGAAAUAAUAUACAUAAAAUCAUGUAGUAAACAGAAAAGUGUUAAAAUAUUUUAUAUUUGAGAUUUUUCAAAGUAUAGCCACCCUUUGCCUUGACAGCUCUGCACCCUCUUGGCAGCCUCUCAGCUAGCUUCACCUAGAAUGAUUUUCCAACAGUCUUGAUGGAGUCCCACAUUGAGCACUUGUUGGCUUAUUUUCCUUCCCUCUGCAUUCCAACUCCUCCCAAACCAUCUCAAUUAGGUUGAGGUCAGGUGAUCGUGGAGGCCAGGUCAUCUGAUGCAGCACUCCACCACUCUCCUUCUUGGUCAAAUAGCCCGUACACAGCCUGGAGGUGUGUUGGGUUAUUGUCCUGUUGAAAAACAAAUUACAGUCCCACUAAGCGCAAACCAGAUGACCAUGCUGGUUAACUGUGCCAUGAAUUUCAAAUAAAUCACUGACGGUGUCACCAGCAAAGCACCCCCACAGCAUCACACCUCCUCCUCCAUGCUUCACGGUAGGAAACACACAUGCGGAGAUCAUCCGUUCACCUUCUCUGCAUCUCACAAAAGAUGCAUUUUGUCUGUCAUAGUUGAAGUGUACCUAUGAUGAAAAUUACAGGCCUCAUCUUUUUAAGUGGGAGAACUUGCACAAUUGGUGGCUGACUAAAUACUUUUUUGCCCCACUGUAUGUUGUGUUUUCGCUGUAGAACAUUUGAGAAAUCUGACACGAUGGGUAGAUUAACAAGAUGUUUUUCUUUCAUUUGCUGUAUUGGACUUGUUAAUGUGUGAAAGUUAAAUAUUUCUAAACAUUUCUAAACAAUCUUUCAAUUUCCCGCGCUGCCUUUUCAGCGGAAUGUUGUUACCCUGUCCUAGACAUUGAAAUGUAUUCCAGGUGACUACUUCAUGAAGCUGGUUGAUAGAGUGCCAAGAGUGUGCAAAGCUGUUAUCGAGCCAAGGGUGGCUACUUUGAAGAAUCUCAAAUAUAUAAUAUAUUUUUAUUUGUUUAACACAUUUUUUGUUACUACAUGAUUCCAUAUGUGUUACUUCAUAGUUUUGACAUAUUCACUAUUAUUCUAUAAAACCCUGAAAUGAGUAGGUGUGUCCAAACAUUUGACUGGUACUGUAUGUGGUCAUACAAAGCUCAGGGGGGCACAGUUUGGGGGGUUACAAUGACAACACCUUUUUAAAUGUCUUACUUACAUCAGCCAUAGAGAAUGAGAGCCCACAGUCCUGGAUAGCGGGUCGCUUUGAUGGCACUGUGUUAUCCUAAAAGUGAAAAAGAAUAAUAGUGGUCAAGUGUUUUCGCAGUGUGAGUACUACAGUCAAUGUGUUGAUAGAACUUCAGUAGCGAUUUCCUAAAAUGUGCUUUGUUAAAAUUACCAGCUACAAUAACUGCGGCCCCAGGAUAUGUGGUUUCGAGUUUGCAUAAAGUCCAGUGUAAUUCCUUGAAGGCCGUCGUGGUAUCGGCUUGAGGCAGAAUAUACACGGCUGUGACUAUAACCGAAGAUAAUUCUCUUGGGAGGUAAUACGGUCAGCAUUUGAUUGUGAGGUAUUCUAGGUCGGGUGAACAAAAGGACCUGAGUUUCUGUGGUUCGGUGGUUAAUCAUGAAACACACCACCGCCCUUCUUCUUCCCGGAGAGUUCUUCAUUCCUGUCUGCGUGAUGUACUGAGAACCCAGCUGGCUGUACAGACGGGGACAGUAUAUCUGGAGAGAGCCAUGAUGUGUUACAGUCCCUGAUGUCUCUCUGGGAGGAGACCCUCGCCCUGAGCUCGUCUACUUUAUUGUCCAGAGACUGAACAUUUGUGAGUAAUAUACUCAGAAGCGGUGGAUGGUGUGCUCGCCUCCUGAGUCUGACUAAAAGUCCACUGCAAGUACCUCUUCUCCGUCGCCUGAGUUUUAAAACAGCCUCUGGGAUAAGUUCAAUUGACGUGGGGGUUGCAAACAAAGGAUCCAAUUUGGGAAAGUCUUAUUCCUGGUCAUAAUUCUGGAUGAAGAUUCAAAGGCACAAGUUUUUUUUCUUCUGCGCAUUGGCUCUGUGUGUCUUCUCCCAGCUUCACAACUACAAGCCCCUCCACCACAUGCCUAUACUGAGUGAGCUGUAUGCCUCCUCUGUCAAUGCCCUGAGCUUUCUCUGGAGAGGGAAGGGGAACCCUUCAAACAAUGCUCACCCAGAGAGGAGGCCUCUGCCUGGGCCUGUACCCUCCGACACUGGCCUGUGGGAACCAGAGGCAUACCGGGAGGACCAGGGAAACGCAGAGGACCCAUGGCGGAAGGAGCAGCCUGACUCGGGGAAUGUAAACAGAAUGACGGUGAAUCUCCCAGACCCCAAAGGACCAUUGGGGGAUCUUCACAAACAGAGCUUUCAUCUUAGCGAUGACCCCACCCAGUUCUUUGUGCGCACCAAGUCUGGAGCAUACUGCUUCAGAGAGGGGACGGAAAUGCCUUAUCUCAAAGACCAUUUAGGACAAAAGGUCCAGGAACCCGGAGAGGGCCAGCUUAAGAUCCUGCAUGCACACCAAGAGGAACCCAAGUCAGCCCAGGAGAAAACAGCCUGGGGGAAAAGGCUGGUGAAGUGUAUGUGUCGCCCAGGUUGGCACGGCCCUCACUGUGGCAUCCCCACCAUGGUGCAACACUCCAACCUGCCCACUAAGGCUCGUCUGACACUGAGAAAGGUUCCUCGAAGGGUCAUCAAUGCCAUUAAUAUCAACCACGAGUUUGACCUCCUCCACGCCCGCUUUCACGAGUUGGCCGACACUGUUGACCUCUUCCUGGUGUGUGAGUCAAACUUCACGGCCUACGGAAAUUCCAAGCCACUGCACUUCCUGCGCCUUCUGCUUAACGGAACCUACAACUAUGUGCACCACAAGAUCCUCUAUGUAUUCCUCGAUCACUUCCCUAAAGGUGGCCAGCAGAACGGGUGGAUUGCUGACGACUACCUGCGAACAUUUCUAAGCCGUGACGGGAUGUCCAGGGUGCAAGGCGCCAGGCCAGAUGAUGUCUUCCUCAUCAACGAUGCAGACGAGAUCCCUGCCCGCGAGGGCAUCCUCUUCCUCAAACUCUACGACGGCUGGACGGAACCGGUGUCCAUCCACAUGAGAAAGUCCCUUUAUGGUUUCUUCUGGAGGCAGCCUGGGACCCUGGAAGUCCUCUCCGUCUGCACCCUCGCCAUGCUCUUCACUGUCUACAAUGGAGACGGGAUAUUACUGAGACGCAGGGAAUACUACUCCAUGCCGGGUUUCCGGAACUAUCAGAGGGAGAGUGGACACAUCCUGGUGCAGUGGUCCAUUGGGAGCCCUGUCCACUACGCAGGCUGGCACUGUUCCUGGUGCUUCAGACCAGAGGGAAUCUCCCAAAAGCUCAUCUCUGCCCAGAAUGGAGACUUCCCCCGCUGGGGCGACUACGUGGAAAAACGAGACCUGAAUUACAUCAAGGGCUUGAUCCGGACUGGGGGAUGGUUUGAUGGCUCGGUGGGGGAGUACCCACCCACAGACCCUAAAGAGCCUAUGUACGCACCCAAAUAUCUAUUAAAGUACUUUCAGCUGUAUCGCUACAUACUUGAUAACCCAUAUGCCUGAAUCUUGUAGAAAACCGGUGAGGAUUUAUAUUCUCAUUGUUGAUUUCAAUGGAAGGAUUUUUAAUUUCAAGGGAUGUUUCCUGAACACAACAUCUCUCUGAAUUUGGAUCUAUGAAACCCCCACCUUUCGCCUUUUAAUUGAAGGUUCAGGCUGUCCACUUCCUGUCUAAAUAUGAAGUAACUAGCAGGUGAGAGGAGGGAUGAUGAAGGACAUCUGAGGGUAAUUUAACUGCUGUUGAUCUUGUGGGGGGUUUGCACCUAUUUUAUUAGACUCUUUCUAUUCAACUCUGUCCCUUUUCGAUCACAAUAUUAGUAGUUAAACAUUCCUCAAAGACAAAGGCUUCUUCUGCUCCAGAUCAUUCAAAGACUGGAUUCCAGUUGGGACAUGACUGUUGACUUUUGUACAGUUCCUAACUGUAGACGUGAUGGCAGACAGACUUUCUAUACAUAUGUACCUAUCUGAUGGCCAGUGAUACUGUAGUUUUCCCUCAGUCAGAUCAACAAUGUGCUUCUAGUGCCACCAGUUCUGAGUUUCCAGAGACCUUUGAAGAAAGAGACCUGAAAAACGAUCCGUGCACCUUUCUGUGGUGGUGGUAAAACUGGUGGUGGUAAAACUGUUACUGUGCUGAAAUGGUUGUUCGAACAACACAGGGAAGUAGAGCAGGAAAGGGAAAGUCUGUUUUAUAUUGUUAAAUACAAACUCGGGUAUCCCUCACUAAUGCACUAUGGGUUUCUUAGCCGUCACUUGCUUGACUACAUAACUCUCAUAGCCUUCUUGUAAACAGAUCAUUUAUGGUGUACAGAUGAAUGAAUUUGAGGCCAAAAAGCAUAUGCAAUUAGAACCAUGUGUUCCUGCCAAACAGUUGUCACAAUGCUUUUAGGCAUUUUUGUCACCUGUAUGCAUUGUUCAUCGAGAGACAUUUCUUGAGAAACAAAAUCGUUCUUCUGCUAUGGUCUAGUGAUUAACAUCACGUCUGGUAUUUCGAUCUGUUCUCGACAGUCGGCUUUACAUUUAUAAGCAAACAUAAUGGUUUCCUUGGUUUUGUCCUCAAAAAUGCAUUGCAGUUAUUCCCAAUUUAAAAUCCUUCACCAUGAGAAUACUAUUCCUACAGCUCAUAGGGACAUGUCCACUGUGAAUAGGAUGUAUACCAAUGACACCGAUGAAUGUAACAGAGUUUAUCGCAUUGUGCCAUCAAUCAGAUCAGCCUUUGAUAGACUGCAAGUCAUUGGUUUCUGCCUGAAUAACAAUAGAGUACACAGAGGCCUAUUCAGUGGAAAUUGGUGAUCAACAAAACAAACACAAAUGGGUGAUGCAAUGAAUGUCUUAGUUCAUUCUUGUUUUGCACUGUAGACAUUGUUUUGUUGAAUAGCUACAGUACAUGAAUAAAACCUACUGGCAGUAAAAACAGUAACAGGACGACAUAAAGACAGACAAAAGUGCACAAAAAAUAAGUCAUUUACUUUUAUUCCAUAAUUAUUAGUAUAUUUUUAGUUACAUUUAAUAAAUGACCAAAAAUGUAUUUUUUAAUCAUGCCUCUAUGUACCGUGCUUGGCUUGGGCAGGAGCUCAGCUGAGCUGAGUACUGGCACCUCAAAUGUUCUACUGCUUGAGCUCCUAUUCCUUUGAUAGAAUAUUAGCUCAAAAGUAUUGUGAAGCUCCUGCACCUGAAUACAAACAGUGUCAGCACCCAAAAUGAGUACUGGAACCUAUUUCAGUUAAAGUGAAGUACUAUCUAUUUAUCCCCAGAUAAAUAUACAAUUAUUAAGAAGUUUAAGACUGCUGUUUACUGUUAAAUCAUGUCAUGUCAAUGUGGACACCUUUGUUCAAAAUUAGCUUAUCACUUCCUUGUCUUGGGAGAAUGACUUUGGGAAUAAGGAGAUAAUAAUAAUUGAUUGGUGUAUUGACAAUGUUUCUCUUGGGAAUCUGAUACUUGAAUUGAUGCUCUGACUUUCAGUUUGCACACAUUCUCUGCCACCGUGUCUACAUUUAAAGACUAGAAUCUCAGGAAUCUUAAAGAAUGGCAUCCGAACUGUUUAAUGAGGCAGCAUGUUCAGAUUAACAAAAAAAGCCUUGGAUGUUGUUGACUAUGUUUUUAGGGGGAUUUAGACAUCUGCAUGGUCUUUUGUCAUUUAUAAUUUCUGGAUGGUGUCCAAUUUUUGUGCAACUGAGGUAUAGCUCCUGUCUAACUUCAUUAACAGAUUGUUUAAAUAAAUCAAGAACUAAGGUGACUUCA